GCAGGCAGUGGUUGUCACGGUUGUUGGUGGUUGACGGUGGUUAUCAACCGGUUGGGAAAGAAACCGUUAUUUGAAAUGGAUCUUGCAUUCGAUGGUGAAAUACGAAUUUUUCACGAGGGAUGCAACGAUAGUUGAGACAUAAAAGAUUUCAAGAAUUCGCACGAGAUAUAAAAGAGACAUAACCUAUGAGGUCACUGCGUAGUCAAGCAAAUAUCUCCGACUGGACAGUGGCACAGAUAUUCCUCGAGCAAAAUGUUGGAGGGACUUGUCGCUUGGGUGUUGAACAAUUAUCUCGGCAAAUAUGUGGAGAAUCUAAACACGGAUCAGCUGAGCAUAGCUUUGUUAUCGGGUGAAGUUGAGCUGGAAAACUUACCUCUAAAACGUGAGGCUCUGCGUCACAUUGGACUACCAAUAGAAGUCAAGGCUGGAUUUAUUGGUAAAGUCAAAUUGCAAGUACCAGUUAGGCAGAUAAGGACCGCAUCAUGGGUGAUAGGUAUAGAGCAGCUUUAUUUAGUAGCCGGACCAAUUAAUUUGGAUGAGUAUGACAAUGAAGCGGAGGAACAAGCAAUAUUGGAUUAUAAACUCAGUCGAUUAGAUGCUUUGGAAGCCAGAUGGAGAGCUGAUAUAGAGCAUGAUCCAAGUUAUUACGCCUCGAGUUAUAGUUCAUGGCUAAAUUAUGGCACAUCUUUGGUAACGAAUAUCAUUGAAAAUUUACAAUUGAAUAUCAAAGAUGUUCAUAUUAGAUAUGAAGAUGGUAUUACAUUAUCAGAUGAUAAUGGUAUUGCAUUUGGGAUUACGAUUGGAGCAUUAACUGCGCAAAGCUGUGAUGCUAGCUGGAUACCCAGUUCGACAUCCUGGAAUCUUACAGAUGCAUCAUUUAAGUUAAUGGAACUCGAUGGUCUUUCAAUUUAUUGGAACCAUUUGAAGAAAGAUCAACUCUUUGGUGAUUUUAAUUUAGGCGAUCUGGCUAUCGCUAUGAGCAAAAAUAAAAUUCAGCGGCAUAUUUUAUCACCUGUAAAUGCAAGAGCGCAUAUUAAAAGAGACCGAACUGAACGUCCAUUAAGGUCUAUUAACAAGCCGCGUAUUGUAGUAGAUUUGCUCUUGGACGAAGUACCACUAUCUAUAACAGAUCUUCAAUAUGAUGAAAUGGUUAAAUGUAUUAAAGAGCUUGAUCGUAUAGAUCGCCGUAAACAGCAGUGGCGUUGUAGGCCAGUAAUCCCUGUUAAAGAAGCCUGUAAAGAAUGGUGGAGGUAUGCCGCCAGAUGCCAUCUCGGCAGAGAUGCGCUCAAACCGAAACUAUCUUGGAAAAACAUGCUUCUCAGAGCCAGAGAGAAUGUUUGUUAUGUUCAAGCAUACACUAAAUUGUUAGGCUCACCUACAUCGAUUUUACCUUCAGAAGUUAAAAUAUUAAAAGACAAGGUCGAAAAUGAGCGAAAUUUUGAUGAACUUCGGGUGUUGAGAGAACUAGCUAUGGACAAUAUAAAACCUGCGAAAUCACAACAAGGAAACAAUAUAAACGUGCCACAAGGACGUGGUAUGCUCGAACAAUGGUUUCCACAAUGGUGGGGCUGGUAUUCGAAAACACCUCACAGCAACAAUGGAACACAGCAAAACGGAAGUAAUUCGACUACUUUUGAUGGAGAGCUAUUAGAUGUUUUGGCGGAUACCAUGAAUGAUGACACUCUUCUACGUCGAGACACAGUGUUCGGACAGUUUAAUUUCGCUUUAGUACAGGGCGCGGUAUCAUUAUGCACUUUUAAAGAUGGUAACAAUGGCAAAAAAACCGUGAUAGAACUAAAAUUUGAAAAAGUGAACCUGAGCUACGAAUCACGACCCAGAUCGGGAUCGCACAAAUUUUCAAUCAGUUUAGGCGCAUUGUAUCUGCAUGAUUUUCUUACGGAGAAUUCUACAUUUCCCAUUUUAGUACAACCUCAAGUUGCAUUCAGUGGCAUGUCCUCGCGUAUCCGUAAUUCAUCAGAAAAAUUGACAAAGAUGCCACAUCAUCUAUUCGAACUAAUUUACGAGAAAAGACCCCUGCAUAUCAAUGUCGAUCAUUUGUUACACGUGUACUCGCAAUCCUUGGACAUCGUAUACAAUCCAACUGUGAUAUAUUGGCUGAUAGACUUUAUGUGCAAACCGCAUCGAUCAGCGUCGUCCAAUCAACGAUUUCAAGCGAUGAAGCGCCGCACGAGGAGGCAGCUGAUUAAAAAUUGGGAACAGAUUUUAGACGGCGAUUUCGUAUACCGUUCGUCUUGGGAUUUACAGUUUAAGAUCUCUGCGCCACAAAUCUUAUUAGUGGAGAGUUUUGUCGAUUCUAGUGCAGCUGUGGUAAUGGUUGAUUUUGGCAAAUUACAUUUAUCGAACAAUGCGGAUGUAAAUCAGAUGACAUUGAAAACAGAAUCGCCCAAUAAUGAUGACGAUGAAGAUGAUGAGAGAUACGAGACACCGUGUUCCACUCCGCCUGGUAGUCAAGAAAACGGUUCUCUACACGAUUUCCAGGGCUUAUCUGAAACAGAGUUACAUAAAAAAUUGUACGACCAAUAUUCCAUCGAUCUAGUGGACUUACAGAUUUUAGUAGGUAAAACAAAAGACAAUUGGAAACACGUUCGUACGAGAGGCAUGUCGAGCUUGCAUUUUCUCGAACGUUUCAAUAUAUCGUUACAAAUUGAACGACGUGUCUUCACCACUGCAGAUCCCAACUUUCCAUCCGUUACAGUAUCCGGCAACCUACCAAGACUAGUAGUACAUGUGAACGAACAGAAAGUUGGUGCAAUACGCUUAAUUUAUAACUUAUUAUCGAGUUUCUCCAACUCCGCUGGUAUUCCGCAGACAGAAUUAAUCAAUGUGGAACCAAAGAGUCCACGAAAAGAGGAAAAUUUGGAUCGUUCUUUAAGCCAUGCGGUUAUGGUACAAUUUAUUAUUGAUCAGAUGGCCUUUGAAUUACAGUCGAGAGGUCGCAGUGUAGCAGAGCUGCAAGUAUCUGGUGUUCGAGUGGCCCUCAGUAAAAGAAUGGCAGAUCUAAGCGUCUCCCUUUCCGUUCACGGUUUGCUUCUAGUCGACGCUCUUCAGGAAUUUGGACCUGAUUUCGAAUUGUUAGUAGCCAGUCAUAAACAUGUUGGCAUGGAUAGCGUUUCCGGCAGUUUAAAGGAUUCAGAACCAACAUCACCCGUCUCGCCAGAGUCACCAGAAUCACCAGAUUCGACAAGAGCACCACGAUUAACUUCGCCCGUUGCUCUGACCAAUGCCUUGUCUAGUCUAGUGAGUAAAAGUAAGACCUCGCAUUCACCCAGGAACAAUUCCUUGGUUGGCCUAGAAAAAUUAGACUCAGAAGCACUGAUCGUCAUAGAGUUGACAUUGGUGGAGGAUUUCACGGAAAGUCUAAGAAUGGCAAAUAUACAAUUUAAUAAUCUAGAUAUCAUAGCUAAUCAGGAAACGAUAGUGGAGUUGUUAGGUUUCUUCCGAAGAAUCUUGCCGCUACAGAAAUCUCGAUCGACAUACGUCAUAAGUCGAGACGACUCCUUAUCGAGUCAGAAUACGGAAAUAAAGUCGAUGUCAACAAGAACUGAGAUCACUUUCGAUUUUCACCGCUUAAACGUGCUACUCUUGCGCGCGGUUGUACAGGACAAUCACUUGGUGGGACAGAAAAUUGCUACUGCAACUAUGUCGGACGCACGAAUACAGGCAACGUUGGCCGCGAAUACGUCAAUCUCGGGUUCCCUCGGAGGGGUGCAAGUUCUCGAUCAGACGCCAACCGGGAAGACUCAUCAACGAAUAAUCAGCGUGGGCAGGGAUCCCCUAGCGGAUCCGCAGCAUCAUCCGCUCGAGCAUUUUAAUGAUUUAUCGGAUCAGCCGGAAGCGUUUAGAUUCGUGGCCAACCGCAACACCAGACAAACCAGCGAAGAGGACUGCGCGGAAAUCGAUCUCGAUCUUACGAUACGUGUAGCCAGUGUUUGGUACACUCACGCGCCGCAUCUGAUAUCGGAACUGCGUUCAUGUGCCGAUGAAUUCAAACAAUAUCUAAGCAACUUUGCGCGUCAAAUUAGCGCAGCCGCUACUGACAUGGCUAUCGGUUUAGUGAAUGCUGACGACUGGAUCAUUCCGCCGCGUAAGCGAUUGCCAAGUGUCUCAGUCGAUUUAGACAAUGCUAACGCAUUGUCGCUGAGAUUAGACGUGCUUCUAGAAAGUCCAGUACUUGUUAUACCACGCUCUUCACAUAGCAGACAGGUAUUUGUUGCUCAUCUGGGCACUAUGUCAUUGCGACAUGAACCCCAUCUGGGAUCUAUGGCUAAGCACAAGGUCACAUUAGAGGUACGCGAUAUGAAUCUAUAUUCCCUCGAGGUAUCCACCAACAUCGGACAGUCGCAAAACAAUCUACCGAGAGCCGAGGAAAUGUACUCGUGCAAGGAAUCGGGUAAGCCGAUAUUGCAUGACACAACAUUGAAGAUCCUGGUAGAAAAACAGAACACUUUAACUCAAAGUAUGACUUUUCUGCUGGAUGGUGAUUAUACGAACAACAGUCCAAUCGUGCAGGUACAUGGUGCCGUGAUAACGCCGUUGAAAGUAUCACUAUCGCGCGGCCAAUAUGAGCAAUUGCUCGAUACUACUCAUCGAUUGUUUUCCAUGCCUACCGUGACUGCCACAGCUGCGGUCUCAGAAUAUGACGAUAUCGAUGGAAUGUCUGACUAUUCGGAGAAGCUUGACCUUUGCGAGGUCUCGUUCGAGCUGCCGAUCCUCAGUGUGGAAUUGAAGCAGGCGCAUUCGGAGCAGCCAGUGGUAGAGCUGUCGAUGCGCGACUUCAUCGUCAAAUAUGAUAAAUUACAUCGAAACGAAUCCAGCGUGCAGGUUGCUCUGCGUUCUCUCUUGAUAGAGGAUCUUCUGUGUCCUGUCGGUUCGCGGCACCGUUACAUGAUGCAAUCGUCAGCACCCGCUCGUGCAAAACUGUCCACAGGCGCCUCCAAGUCGUGUCCAGAUCUCGCGUUCCUGCGACAAUACAAGAACGCCUUUGGUCGCGGUAGUCUACCGGAUCGAUUGGAGACUUGCACCUUGUACGACGCGAUUCCGGCGCACUGGCGCAGGAAGCCGCCGAUCUCGGCGGCCGACACACCAAACACCCCACCGCCAUCGCCCGGCGGUAUCACCAGCGAGGAGAACUUGGUGUUAAUAAGUGUCACCAUGACGCGUCCUGAAGAGAAUGGUUGUGUCGCCCCGGAAGAUCGGUUCCAUCGCAAAAUGGUAACCGUGGACUUCAAUUGCCUGGACUUAGUGAUAAGCGUGGAAUCAUGGAUGGUGGUGUUUGACUUUUUUGGAAUUGCAGGCUUGUCCGGAGCGGCGAAUGACGAGAUCGCCGCGCAUCGAGCCACGCUGGAUAGCGACGGUGCCGGCGCGAGUAAGGCAGAUGACAAUUUACCGGUGAGAUCGGAAACGGAGAUAGAAGUGAGAUCGUUGACAUUAGUGUUGACGCAGCUGGAGCGCGAGAUAGCCAAGGCGAACGUGUCCAACGCCAACAUGCACAUUCUCAAGACGGUGGAUGGCAAGAUCAAAGUGUCGGGAUCGUUGGGCUCGAUGUCGUUGUUAGACUUGACACCGCACGGCCGAUUUUAUCGUGAAAGAUUCUUGUCGUCCGGAAGGAAAGCAUUGAACUUUCAAUAUUCGAGCUACGCCGAUUGCGAGGAUCGACCUCACGAUGCGCGACUCAAGCUGGAGAUGUCCGCCGUGCAUUACGUUCAUACGCAGAGAUUUGUGACGGAGCUGCAGACUUUCUUCGGCCACUUCUCACAACUCUGGAGCAUCAUGCGGAAUCUGCGGGCCGGCGUUGGUGCCGUUAUAGAUAUGAACAAACGUGGCAUGCGACUGUCGUUGCAACUGCACGCUGGCGCGCCUGUGAUAUUGCUGCCGGUGAGUUCCAGGUCCGAUGAACUGAUCCUACUGGAUCUGGGAGAACUUACGGCACACAACAGAUUUGAUACUUCCCUGACUGUUCCGGACUGCUUGUUGGACGUGAUGUUGCUUGAGCUGGUCAACAUGGAUGUGUACGCGGUGCAGCGGCUCAAAUGCGAUGAGAGUCUGAACGAAGACGCGGACGCUCUGAUGGUAGGCGGCUUUUUCAUCAAGAAGAUGGGUUCCUCGUUGCUCACGAAGAAGUGCCAUCUGAGACUGCGCAUCGAGCGAAAUCUCGACACUUACAUUAGUCGCGAUAUACCCGAUCUAAGUGUGCACGGUAUAUUGUCGACAAUGGACUGCGCUCUGGAUCCAGCACAGUAUAUGCUGAUUCGUGGCCUUUUGUCUUACAACAUCGGCGAAAAUCUGGAUGACUUGCGCCUCUUCGUGCAGGAUUUAAAUCAUACGGUGGAAUACGCAAUCCCGACUGUGAACAAUCGCACAAAGACGUGGACCCGAUCCUGCAUAAUUCUCGAGCUGGUAAACGUGACAGUGAAAUUACAUCCUAGUCACAACAUCGCAGCGCUCGCCUGUGUCAAUUUUAUCAAGUCCCGGCUAACGUUGGACUCGCUGAGCGAUGGCUCGCAGGAUAUCGAUCUGGUUUCGCGGGAGAUUCUGAUCACGGACACGCGUUUUCAAAAUGAACCAGUGGACCGACAAUGCAACGUGUUCACUCGAAUCUUACAGCCGUUGAGGGACUCGACCGACACCGAGACCGCGCAGGAUCGCGUCCAGGCGGAGGUGCAUCAUCGAAAGCGUAAGGCCUAUGCAGCGACUACCAUUUUGCUGCAUAGCAUGCGAUUGACUGCCAUUCUGGACUGGUGGCAGGCCGUUCGAGACUUUUUAUUACUAAACUCACCGGAACCGGAACCUAUACCUGAUGCCGUGCACGUGUCAAUUGUUAAUCAAGAGGCCGAAGUUGUCGACACCUCCGCGGUCACCGGUGUACCGUUCGAACUGAAGAUCAAUAUUACGGAUUCCGAGCUAGUCAUUGUCGAGGACACCGCGAUUCUUGAUACUAAUGCCGUAAUCCUCAAGACCACUGCUGUUCUGUCGUAUCGCUCGAUGCCGCAAGAAGGCGAAAAGUCGCUCUCCUGCAAUCUCUCACAUUGCGAAUUAUUUUCGUGCAUCCUAGGCCUGGAAAAUGAAACCGCCCUGUCGAUUAUUGAUCCGGUCGGGGCAAGUCUGGAUCUAACUCAGGAUAGAUGUCUGGAAAUUCAAUUGCAGCCAUUAUGCGUGAGACUGAGCUACCAUGAUGUUACCAUGUUCUCUAGGAUGUUAAGUUCGCUUCCCAAACAGACCUUAUGGGCAAAGCAGAGAUUUAACGAAGCAGUAGCGGAAGAUAGCCAGAUAAUAGAUAGCCAGGUGCGAAAGCUGGUCAGUUUAGGUUUUGCUGAGGCCGAUUGCAGAAUUGCAUUAGAUCAUUGUGAUGGCCAGUUGGAUGAUGCCGCUCUGUGGUUGACACAGAAUGCGGUGCCAUCAAGUGCCGAGACGGUCAUAAUGAACGAUGAGUCAAUUUUUCGAGCCGUAGAACUGCAGGUAUCCUGCAUGCGGAUUUGUAUUAUCGAUGAUUGUCGCGACGCGGAUGUGCCGCUUUUGGAGAUCACGCUGGCAGAUUUCAAUAUGCGGAAAUUGAGUCAACAACCUGGCCUGCUGUCAGCUACUAUCGGCGUGGACUACUACAAUCGAGUGCUGAGCGGUUGGGAACCGUUUAUCGAACCCUGGCGGGCGAACAUCGAGUGGGAACAGAUGUUUACUAAUUCGUUUGAUCCAAAGAGAUUACGCGUGUCUAUCAACUCCUAUGAUUCUGUAAAUGUUAACGUCACGCUGACGUUGGUAGAGCUUGUACAAUUGGUCAAACAUAAUUGGACGCAGGAUUACUAUCUAUCCAACGGAAGCACAAUCAUUGGCAAAUCGGCAACCAAAGGGCAGAUAUAUCGACGUCGAUCACCCUUCAUUCCUUUUGCCUUGAAAAACGACACUGGUUGUCGGCUCUGGUUCAAAACAUUUAUUGCCACUGCAGACGAGACGAUAGACGUUGGCAAAGCAGCAUCGAAGAACAUUCUAGAUAAAGAUGAUACAUGGCUCGAGGUGACUCCGGGAGAUACAACGCCAUUUACGUUCGAAGAGAGAGGUAAGCUGAGGCAUCAUGCGACACAUAUUGUUAGAAGACACCAGAUUGCGGUUCUGGUUGAAGGGUGGAAACCAGUGGAUCCUGUGACUGUCGAUCGCGUGGGUAUUUAUUUCCGACAUGCAAACGCUGACAUUAUCGGAUCUCAGUUUCAGUCAAUCAUACCGAAAGCCAGAGUCGUGUUUGCUGUAGAACUGGAAGGUUCUGCUAGGAAAUUAGUCAUUAUUAGAUCAGCUCUUCAAAUUUCUAACAAGCUAGUUCAUCCGAUUGAGAUCAGGAUGGAAAAAUCAUUAAAUCAACUUGGAUACUUGCCACUGAUUUCGACCAACACUGGGAGAAUUUUGCAAAUACCAGCGCAGUCGGUGACGUCUGUACCUUUGACGCACACUGGAGUGCAAAUGUGCUUCAAACCUCUGAUUUCAAACUACCAAUUCCAAUAUUGUAUGGAAUCGGUAGAUUGGACGGUGGUUAAGAAACCAUCAGAGGUGACAGAGAACUACGUCACUUGUCGGACUAAUCAGAAUAAUAUAUUCAGAAUGUGCAUCGGUGUAAGACGAAAUAAUUAUCCACCUGAUGGUAUACAAGUGUUACCAGCGCAUACAAUUACAGUAAUGGCUCCCAUAACACUGACAAAUUUACUGCCGUACGAAUUAAUGUAUGAGGCUGGUAUGGAAAGUGGCAGAAUCGCGCCUGGUUGCAAUGCAGAUUUGCACUGUGCUAAUUUGAAUGAGCAACUAGAAAUCACGAUUCAAUUGGAUGGAUAUCCAGGAUACGGGGUGAUAAUAUUGCCACCGAACAGCAGUUCUUUUUCUGCUCGUCUCAAAUUAUUGGAUUCCGCCAGCAGAAUACUGUAUCUGCAGGCAGCCGUGAUUGUGGAGAAAGGUGCAGCCAUGCAAAUCAACAUCACUGUACCUUACUGGAUUAUAAACAAGACUGGAUUGCCAUUAGUGUUCAGACAAGAGGGAGUAGGUAUCGAGGCAGCGGGACAAUAUGAAGAACACGAAAGAGCAAGAAUGGUGGCGCCCUUACUAUUCUCAUUCAGUGACGAGGAGGCCAGUAGAACUUUAUCAGUGAGGAUUGGAACAGAAGUUCAUCCUUAUGGAAUACCACAGUGGUCUCAACAUUUUCAUCUGCAGUCUGGAAUUCACGUUCAUCGUCUAAGAAUCAGUCUACGCGACGGCAGACCCGAUAUAGUUUAUUUGAUCAGUGUGGCCACUCGCGCAGCAAGAGGAAGAUACAGAGCCACUACAGUAGUUACGCUAUCACCACGAUACCAGUUGCAUAACAAAUCGUCUUACACGUUGGAACUGGCUCAAAAAUGUUUUACGACAACUGUCUCUCAUCCAGAUGCCCAAGCAACAUAUAUAACGACUAUGCCCGAUUGUCACAUGCCUUUCCACUGGCCACGACUGGAUAAAGAUUUAUUGCUUUGCGUCAGAAUAACUGACAUUUCGAAUUGUAUGUGGUCAGGCGGAAUCAGAUUGGAUGACAAUUAUUCAUUGACUAUUAAUGUUAGGGAUGUAACAGGCAAGAUGCAUUUUCUACGGGUAGAUGUAGUACUCCAAGAAACUACCUAUUUUGUCGUAUUUACCGAUGCCGAUACUAUGCCACCACCUAUAAGAGUAGACAAUUUUUCGGAAGUUCCUUUGCUUGUUAAUCAGAUUGGAGUACCAGAUAAUUUACAGUGGACGGUGAGACCUCAUUCGUCAGUACCAUAUGCCCUAGACGAACCAAUAAAAACUGCUGGUUUAGUAUUGACGGCACCCGGAGGUGUAACAGCUUCUUAUGAUUUGAACAUACUCGGAGAAGGUAGAGGGUUGACUUACGAAAACUUUAUUUACAUCGCGUUUACAGGCACUUUCAAGACUGAUUCUGAUCUAGGGACAGGCGAAAAUAAUCUAGAUCCGCUAGAUGUAGAAACUCAGAGAUUAGUCUUGGAAGCUGGUUCUGGUGGUUGGGUUGCUCUUCGAAGGAAACAAUAUGGUGAUAGGUUACAACUUUGGAGAAUGACUGGCGAUGGACAGUUACAACACGAAGGUUCCAGUCCACCGAGAGACAAACAUUCUAAAACUCCGGAUACAAUAUUUGUUUUGGACAUAGCAGGCACUGCACCACAGCCAUUUACUUAUUGCGCUCUUGCCCUGAGAAAGCCGGAUCCCAGGCGACGAUCGACGCAGACUUGGCGAUUCACUGACGAUGGACGUUUAUGCUGUGCGCAUAAAAAUAUGUGCGUUCAGUCGAAAGAUGGCUUUAUGGGAUUAUACGAAGGCGGCAGUGUCGCCCGUUGGCAAAUGUGGAGCGAAGCUGUAUUGGGCCCUCAGACACACAGCAAUCCACCGCCAGUCGAGCAACGAGUGGGAAGACAAAAAUUACGGCCAGGUUCUGGAUUUUUAUCGGUCAGAGUAACUACUGACGGCCCGACUCGUGUUCUACAAGUUCUAGAUAUUAAAGAGAGGAAGAAAACAUUUGCCUUACUUGAAGAACGUGAUUGGUCACAUAUCGCUGUAAGUCAUCGACCCACUCAGAUCGAUGCCGACGUCAAGAAACUGGAUUCUAGUGAAUUAAAUCUGGAGCUGAAUUUACCAGCCGGUCUUGGAUUGUCCAUUGUGUCGCAAAGACCAGUAGAAGAGCUGUUAUUCGCACGAUUUGCUUCAAUUUCUUUAGAUUUAAUGCGGACGCCGUUGAACACUACAUUGGAUUUGAGCGUUGGCGACGUGCAAAUUGAUAAUCAAUUGUUCGAGGCGCAAUGUACGUCGGUUUUAUUCGUGACACGGUUAUCUCGCAUGGAGGAUGAAUACCGACCCGCUCUUCAUUUAGCAGUGGAAAAGCUACAAUCGAAAAAUCAAAAUGCUGAGAUAUAUAAACAUGUUAUAGUGAGUGUUAAGCCCUUAUGCGUACAUUUAGAAGAGAAAUUUAUCUUGAAAUUGGCAGCGUUUCUCGGAAUUGGCAAGUCGGAGCUAGAGGUGCCGCUUGACGAGAACGAUUUCAAAGCACAAAGAUUUAUUUCGGAAGUAUCUGCCGCGCACGCUAAGAGAUAUUAUUUUGGCGCCCUGAAACUCGUUCCUAAUCAGGUAAAACUUAGCGUACUCACUACGACAAAAUUGCCACAUCAUCUGCAGGCUGUGAAGAGGAAAUUAGGCUUGACUCUAAUUAAUUUCGAAAAUGCCACUAUCGAAUUGGAACCGUUCGUUAAGAAACAUCCUUUUGAGAGCAGUCAAUUCUUAAUACAUUCCAUCGUAAAACAUUACAAAGAUGAAUUAAAGUGGCAAGCUGCAGUUAUUUUAGGUUCUGUAGAUUUCUUAGGAAAUCCUCUUGGAUUCAUGAGUGAUGUCACGGAAGGUGUCUCUGGUCUUAUCUAUGAAGGCAGUGUGAAGAUUCUAGUCAAGAAUGUUACUCAUGGAAUUUCGAACUCGGCAGCGAAAGUGACAGAGUCUCUAUCAGAUGGUUUAGGAAGAGUGAUUAUGGACGAAAGGCAUGAAGAAGCCAGACAGAGGAUCCGAGCUAACACUACGGGUAGCAGUGAUCACUUGGUAGCAGGUUUAAAGGGUUUUGGUUUUGGCUUAUUGGGUGGUGUCACUAGUAUAUUCAAACAGACCUAUGACGGAGCAACUAAUGAGGGUUUUCCGGGUUUCUUUGCGGGUUUCGGAAGAGGAGUAGUAGGUACGAUAACGAAACCUGUCGUCGGUGUUCUAGAUCUGGCAACGGAAACAGCUAGUGCUGUACGAGAGACAAGUAGAAGUGCUCAUCGCACAAUACCAAAGCGCGACCGACCGCCGCGUGUCGUCAGUGGUUCUACCGGGCUGCUACCGCCAUACAAUCGUCAGCAAGCUGAGGGUCAAGAGUUCUUAUACAGCAUUAACAAUCGCGACUAUUCCGAACUUUUCGUCGCUUACGAGUGUCUGUGCAGCGGCUCGGAAAAUCUUAAAGUACUGGUAUCCAAUGAGAGAGUACGCGUUAUCUCUGGUGGCACAAAAGCAGUGGUGACUCAAGUCAGUUUGGCGGAUCUUCUGCGUUGCCAGCCAAUGCAAAAAAUUCAAAGCAAUAACGUGACUCUGCAUUACAUAGAGCUAAUAUCCAGAUUCGAUUCGUCGGCUGCGGUCAAUUUGGACGGAUUGGCUGAAUUGUUAAGACGACCGAAGGUACGCUGUGACAACGAAGAAGUAGCAAAGCGGGUAUCACAACAAAUCAAUUAUGCCAAGGGAAUGCACGAAGAACGAAGUUUGACAUUGUCAUCAUCAGAUAAUAUGCUGGAUGAUGUGCAACAUUAUAAGUAAUCGACUAGAGUUCAAUCUUAUCUCUAACACGUUUCCUGAACGUAUUUUCUCUAGUCAAGUUAUUAACUUUAUCUCGUAGAGUGCACGAGAGUUUAUAAUGCCUUAGUUACGACGCUUAAUGUUAAGUUUACAAGAAGACUGAUACGAAUUAUCUGUAAAAAUAAUUGCUCGCCAAUGCAUGAGGCGUAAGUUAUUUGAGCGUGAUCAAAUUCUAAUUUUUGCGUCUUGUAAUUGUGGCAUAGAAACUUUUGAUACGGAUCGAUCGUGUAUAAAAAAACAAAGUAGAUGCAUAUGUAUAUAUAUUUAUAUAUAGAGCUGAGAAUUUUCUAAUGUUGUACAUAAAUGUACAUAUGUCAGUUCAGCGCGUGCAGGAUAUUUAGGAUCAUUAUUUUGAAAGGCUCUCUUCACAACCACAGUGGAAAUCAAUAUAGAUAGAAAAUUUUUUUAUCUCUAGAAUAAAGUUACGUAUUUUAUUACGCUUCGAUUUUAACUGCUUUACUGCUUGUAACUUAAGAUCAGCGCUUCGAUCUUAAAAAUAGAUUUCUCCUUUACAACUUUGAUUUGGUAUCUGUAAGUAACAUACGAUGUUUUUUGAAUAUUCUAUGUAAAUACAUGUAUCAAAGUUAAUGGAUUAUAGAUUACUUAUUCACAAAGGGAAUGAUCUAUACUUAAUGCAAUAUUUAGAAAUAGUCCAACCAAAGCUUUUAGCGUAUAUAUAAACUUAGUAAGUACAAAUAUUA